CCGGCGCUGGUUGGCGGCUUAAAGCAGCGGAGCCGCCGCCGCGAGGGGCGUUCAGAGCAGUCGGGGCCGGCGCAGCGCGCGGAGCUCAGCUAGCGAGGGGUAGGCAUGGAGAGCAAGCAGCAGCUGCCGGCGCCCGGCGCCGCUGGGCCGGGAGCCGGGGCCGAGGAGCGGCGCUUGGAAGAAGACAAUGAUGUGGCGGGCGGCGGUGGGCUGGGCAGACCGCUGGGUCCCACGCCGAGCCAGAGCCGCUUCCAGGUGGACCUGGUGGCCGAGGGCGCCGGCCGCCCGGCUGAGGAGCCGCAUAAGGCCAGCGGGGAAGGCGAUGCGACGGGGAAAGGCAGUGAGGAAGCCAAGGGCAGGUUUCGUGUGAACUUUGUGGACCCUUCGGCCGGUGAUGAGAGCCCUGGCGAGCCGGGUGGCGGCAGCUCGGAGGGAGGCAACGUCAGCUUCCAGAACGGCGGGGACACGGUGCUCAGCGAGAGUAGCCUCCACUCCGGCGGCCACCACCAUUACUACUCCGACACCCACACCAACACCUACUACCUGCGCACCUUCGGCCACAACACCAUGGAUGCCGUGCCCCGCAUCGACCAUUACCGCCACACCGCCGCCGACCUGGGCGAGAAGCUUAUCCGGCCCAGCCUGGCCGAGCUGCACGAUGAGCUAGACAAGGAGCCCUUUGAAGAUGGCUACGCAAAUGGUGAGGAAGGCACACCAGCUGGGGAUGCAGCUGCUACUUACAUUCCUGAUAGCAAAGGUGUGGUCAAGUUUGGCUGGAUAAAGGGCGUAUUGGUACGAUGUAUGUUAAAUAUUUGGGGAGUGAUGCUCUUCAUCAGACUGUCAUGGAUUGUGGGACAAGCUGGAAUAGGUCUCUCUGUCUUAGUGAUUGGAAUGGCCACUGUUGUCACUACUAUUACAGGACUGUCUACUUCAGCAAUAGCCACAAAUGGGUUUGUAAGAGGAGGAGGAGCAUAUUACUUAAUUUCCAGAAGUCUAGGGCCAGAGUUUGGUGGUGCCAUAGGUCUGAUUUUUGCCUUUGCCAAUGCUGUUGCAGUAGCAAUGUACGUUGUUGGCUUUGCAGAGACAGUUGUGGAGCUACUCAAGGAAAAUGGAACUUUGAUGAUUGAUGAAAUGAAUGAUAUCAGAAUCAUAGGGGCUAUCACAGUAGUUAUAUUACUGGGCAUUUCUGUUGCUGGAAUGGAAUGGGAAGCAAAAGCACAGAUAGUUUUACUGGUGAUCCUCAUACUUGCUAUUGGAGACUUUGUCAUAGGAACAUUUAUUCCUUUGGAUAGCAAGAAGCCUAAAGGUUUCUUUGGUUAUAAAGCUGAAAUAUUUAUGGAGAAUUUUGGGCCAGACUUCCGACAAGAAGAAACAUUCUUCUCUGUAUUUGCUAUCUUCUUCCCUGCUGCAACUGGCAUACUUGCUGGUGCAAAUAUCUCAGGUGAUCUUGCGGAUCCUCAGUCAGCCAUACCUAAAGGAACGUUGUUGGCCAUCUUGAUUACUACAUUGGUUUAUGCAGGAAUUGCAGUAUCUGUAGGUUCUUGUGUUGUUCGAGAUGCCACAGGGAAUGUUAAUAAUACCUUUGUCACAGAGCUGACAAAUUGCACUACUGCAGCUUGCAAAUUAAACUAUGAUUUCUCAUCCUGCCAGACAGGGUGUCAGUAUGGACUGAUGAACAAUUUCCAGGUGAUGAGCAUGGUGUCAGGAUUUGCACCACUCAUUACUGCAGGUAUUUUUUCAGCCACACUGUCUUCUGCAUUAGCAUCUCUUGUGAGUGCACCUAAGAUCUUCCAGGCUUUGUGCAAGGACAACAUUUAUCCAGGAUUUCAGAUGUUUGCUAAAGGCUAUGGGAAGAACAAUGAACCACUGAGAGGAUAUCUUCUAACAUUUUUAAUUGCUCUUGGAUUCAUACUAAUUGCUGAACUGAACGUCAUUGCUCCGAUUAUUUCUAACUUCUUCUUAGCCUCAUAUGCCUUGAUUAACUUCUCUGUAUUCCAUGCUUCUCUUGCCAAAUCACCAGGUUGGCGCCCUGCUUUCAAAUACUACAAUAUGUGGAUUUCUCUUGUUGGAGCUAUUCUGUGCUGCAUUGUGAUGUUUGUCAUUAAUUGGUGGGCAGCACUUCUAACAUAUGUCAUAGUCCUUGGUCUCUACAUCUAUGUCACUUACAAGAAACCAGAUGUGAACUGGGGAUCCUCAACGCAAGCUUUGACUUACUUGAAUGCGCUACAGCAUUCUAUUCGGCUAUCAGGAGUGGAAGAUCAUGUGAAAAAUUUUAGACCUCAGUGCUUAAUUAUGACGGGUGCUCCAAAUGCACGUCCAGCUUUGCUUCACCUUGUCCAUGCUUUCACCAAAAAUGUGGGCUUGAUGAUCUGUGGUCAUGUACAUAUGGGACCUCGGAGACAAGCCAUGAAGGAGCUGUCGACUGAUUUGGCUAAAUAUCAGCGGUGGCUAAUUAAAAACAAGAUGAAGGCUUUCUAUGCACCAGUGCAUGCAGAGGACUUGAGGGACGGAGGGCAGUACUUAAUGCAGGCUGCUGGUCUGGGUAGAAUGAGACCUAACACCCUAGUUGUUGGAUUUAAGAAAAACUGGAGACAAGGUGACAUGAGAGAUGUUGAAACCUAUAUCAAUUUAUUCCAUGAUGCCUUUGAUGUUCAAUAUGGUGUAGUUGUCAUCCGCCUAAAGGAGGGCCUGGAUGUUUCUCAUCUUCAGGGACAAGAAGAGUUACUGUCAUCCCAAGAAAAAUCUCCGUGUACCAAGGAUGUCAUAGUAAAAGUGGAUUAUAGCAAGAAGACCGAGACAGACACUUCUAUAGCUUUUGCUCCAUCUAGUGAAAGAACUCAGGCUCUACGUAAAGAGGAGGACGAGGAUGGAAAGACUCCAACACAACCACUGUUGAAAAAAGAUUCAAAAAGCCCAUCUCCUUUAAACUUGACUGACCAAAGACUUCUUGAUGCUAGUAUUCAAUUUCAGAAGAAACAAGGCAAAAGCAAUAUUGACGUCUGGUGGCUCUUUGAUGAUGGAGGUUUGACACUGUUGAUUCCAUAUCUUAUUACAACCAAGAAGAAGUGGAAAGACUGUAAGAUCAGAGUGUUCAUUGGUGGAAAAAUAAACAGGAUUGAUCAUGACAGAAGAGCGAUGGCUACAUUACUCAGCAAAUUUCGGAUAGACUUCUCGGACAUUAUGGUUCUUGGGGAUAUUAAUACUAAGCCAAAGAAGGAAAAUAUUGCAGCUUUUGAAGAAAUGAUAGAGCCCUUUCGACUUCAUGAAGAUGAUAAAGACCAAGAAGUUGCAGAUAAAAUGAAGGAGGAUGAACCAUGGAGGAUAACAGAUAAUGAACUUGAGCUUUACAAAACAAAGACUUAUCGCCAGAUUAGGCUAAAUGAGUUGCUGAAAGAACAUUCAAGUACAGCUAACAUAAUUGUCAUGAGUCUGCCAGUUGCACGAAAAGGAGCGGUUUCUAGUGCACUGUACAUGGCCUGGUUAGAAGCUCUUUCUAAAGAUCUGCCACCCAUCCUCCUUGUUCGUGGGAAUCAUCAGAGCGUUCUUACCUUCUAUUCCUAAGAGUACUGCACACGAUGAUGGGACAGCUAUGACAAAAUGGUACUUCAGUGUCCAGGGGAGAGUGACCGACAUGGUCUGUCAUUUAUUAAUAUCACAAAGGCAAAAAGUGACUGUUCUUUCACUAUUUCACUGACUUGAAAGCACACAAGGAAAGUCACUGUAUUUCUAAAGUUGUGACAUCUUCAGUUUGAUCCUAUAUUUUCUGUAAUUUAAUCUUGCUUAAUGGGGGAGGAUUCCGUGUUAGACUGAAGAACAAGACAAGUUUUUUGUUUGUUAUUUGAAUAGCAGCAAUAAAAUGUUUUAUUUUUGAUCAAUGAAAGGAUUAUAGAUUUAUAAAAGCCUUUUAGCCUUGAGGUGCCUUCUGAAAUUAACCAAAUCUCAUCCAUACAUCCUAUUUUGUAAAUUUAUAUAGAAUGUCAAAAUCUGCCUUCAACUAAGAGUUUAGACCAGACUUCCUUUAGUUUCUAAUCUCUUCCAUAUGACAAUAAAAAUGAAUGCUGCUUUUUAGUCUUCCAUUGAGCUAUUAGUUCUUAGUACUGUAUGUUUUCUAUUGUCAAAGUUUUCUGUUUUUAUCAUUAUAUCUAUUAGAUUUAAAGGUGAGAAUUGGGGCAGGUCAGCUGAGCUAAAAUUUGUGAUGCUAUUGUCAAGACUUUGUGCUCCUAAAUUUUGUAACAUAAAGCUAACUGUACUAGCAGAGAGGAUCCUUUUCCCAAAUUUCACAAUGUGUACCACUUUGGCGCUGGUCUAAGAUACACAGCUAGCAUUAGCUACCUUGUUGAAGGAUACUGGAUAUUAUGUUUUGGUGUCACUUUCAAUUUAUUUUUGAAACAAAACUGAACUUAAGGUUUGAAUGGGGAUAACAUAAGCAAUGUGAUGCCAUCUAACAGAACACAGUAAACACUAUGUGGAAUCUUGCUAUCCAAUAUGAAAUGUAAAAGCUACAGUUCAUAGAAUCAUAGAUAAUAGUUGGAAGGGACCUUCAGUGUUCUCUUGCAUUUUUCAACAAAUGGUUAAAAGGACCACUAAUUAACAAAGAUGAUGUUUUUAGGUCAGUUCAUUCAGAUGUUGGAAAAUACAUGUAGUCUUCUUAAAUAAUACUCAGGUUUGGUCAUUGAGCAAUUUAGAUCUAUUCCAUGCAUCUUACUUUAUAUGUUUUCUAUGUUCAAUAAAGAAACUGCCAAUCUUGUGUGCCCUUUCCUUGUAUAUUUUGAAAACCAUCAUUUACACCUACACAAGAAAUUCCACUUGAGCCUUUGUGUAAAGGUUAGUAAUGUGAACCAUUUUUUAAAUUCCUAAUAUAUUUUGGAUAGAAAGGAUUGCCUAAAACACAUUUCACAAGCUUUUGGUGUUAGCAAUGGACAUGCUACUGGGUCAGUUUACCCGUGGUUGAGUGACUUUCAUCUAAGGAUGCACAGAAAAGGUGUAUUUUUGCGCUAAAAACAAAAUCAUAUUAAAAUUCAAGACUUCCUUUCAAAGUACAAAGCAUUAAGACAAAAGGUAGAGCUUCAGGUGAUUGUGAUUGAAGACCAAAAAUAUUCUACACGGUGCAGUAUAGUGUCAAGUUCUUGGUAAACUUUAAAAAAAAAAAUCUUUAUUUGCUGUUUCAGUCAAUUGGAUUUUAAGACUGUUCAACCAUUCUGCUUUUUUUAAAAAACCCCACAAAACCAAGCAUGCAUGUUCUGCUAAGUGUGAGAUUAACGGCUGCCAGCAUGAAGCCAGCUUGUUAGGAUAAACAUGGAGACAAGACAGUUAGCAGUAAAAGUGCUGUUUCCUUCAGCUGUAGGGGGAAAUCAAGCUUACCAACAUACCUAUUGCAGUUUUUACAGUGCUUUUGGGGGGAUAGGGAUGUCACAUUGUGAAUUAGGGAAUCAUCACCAUGUUUCUUCUUAUUCUUUUGAACAGAUGAACAGUAAGACAUGGACUUAGUGCUGCUAUCUUAAAUAAAUAAAUAAAAUGUGCACAGGUACACUUACUAAAAGAUUGGGGUUUUUUUUUUCCUAUUCAGGAAACCAUUGCUUGUGAUCUGUAACACAGAAACCAAAUGAAGUGUGUGUAUACAUGCAUAUAUAUGUAUAAAAUUAUAUAAAAUAUAUCUAAAUAUGCAUAUGGGGAUAGUUAAGGUAAUGUCUGUGAAAUAACAUAGGAUGCUUUUCACAUGCACUCUCAGAAGUCCACUAAUGCUAGGCAUGAGGUCAAGUCUCAAGAUUAUUUGCUACACUAAAAUUUCAACAGUUAAUGGUAAUUGUUUGUGACACAUGUCAAUUAGUGGCAGUCACUCCAACUUCUGCUUUGAUUUUCACACCAAAUUUAGUUAUGUUCCAAUCAUUAUUAAUUACUUGAAAAAAUGAAAUCACGGCAAUUCAUACCUUCUGUAGAUUAGUUUUGUUUCUGUGGGUUUAGAAGGACAGUAAUACCUGGAGGAAAUCAGUUAUUUAUUUGUUCACUUAUGUUUGUAUUUAGGUUUCCUUUUACAUACAUUCUUUUUAUAUGCUUUUUCUGACAUUACAUAUUUAAAAAUAACUGAAAAUAAUUUAAAGAUUUGAGUGUUAGUGGGCAAUGACCCACUUGGUUUGACGAUGUAAGAUUUGAUACUGUACUGUAACUGUCACACACAAAUGCUUUUCUAAUGUUUUAACGUAAUUAUUGCAGUUAAUACUUUGUACCAGGGGGAUGUCACU